CCAAGAUCCCCUGAUUCCAGCGAACAUGGAUGGAAGACCCACCUGUGACCAGUGUGGAAAGACUUUCAGCACAAUGAGUGGGCUGAAGAAGCACCAACGCAUCCACACUGGAGAAAAACCAUAUAAGUGUGACCAGUGUGGGAAGGGUCUGGCCUCAAAGAACAGGCUGGAAGAACACCUCCGCAUCCACACUGGAGAAAAACCAUUUAAGUGUGACCAGUGUGGGAUGGCUUUCAUCGCAGCACAAGGCUUAAAAAGGCACGAGUGCCCCUACAGCACAGAAAGACCAUACAUCUGUGACCAGUGUGGGAAUAAUUUUAUUAGUGCACGCGCAUUAAAAAGGCACCAACGCAUGCACCCUGGAGGAAAUCCAUAUGAGUGUGACCAGUGUGGGAAGGGUUUGGCCUCAAAGAUCGGGACUGGAGGAACACCUCCGCAUCCACACCGGAGAAAAACCAUUUAAGUGUGACCAGUGUGGGAGGGCUUUCACCAUAGCACAAGGCUUGAAAAGGCACGAGUGCAUCUACAACACAGAAAGACCGUACAUCUGUGACCAGUGUGGGAAGGCUUUCCCUUUGGAAGUGAAAUUAAAAAGGCAUCAACGCAUCCACACUGGAGAAAGACCGUACGACUGCAACCAGUGUGGGAAGAAGUAUCCUACAUCGCGUGAUUUACAACUGCACCAACGCAUCCACACCGGACAAAAACCAUUCAGCUGUGUCCAGUGUGGGAAGGCUUUCACCCAAAGGACUGGGCUUACGUUACAUCUACGCCGCCACACUGGAGAAAAACCAUAUGAUUGUCACCUGUGUGGGAGGGGUUUCGCCAGAAGUGAUGGGCUUCAAAUCCAUCUACGCACCCACACUGGAGAAAAACCAUAUAACUGCAUCCAGUGCAGCAAGAGUUUCACCAGUAAGAGUGCGCUUAGAGUCCACCAACGCAUCCACACCGGAAAAAGACCCUAUAACUGUGACCAGUGCGUGAAGGCUUUUUCCACUCUCACUAGGCUUAAAUACCACCAACGCAACCACACUGGAGAAAAACCAUAUGACUGUGACCAGUGCGGGAAGACUUUCACCAGUACAAGUGGGCUUAAACACCACCAACGUAUCCACACUGGAGAAAAACCAUAUGACUGCAUCCAGUGCGGGAAGAGUUUCAUCUGUAAGAGUGGGCUUAGAGUCCACCAACGCAGCCACACUGGAGAAAGACCGUACAAGUGCGACCAGUGCACGAAGGCUUUUUCCACUCUGACUAGGCUUAAAUACCACCAACGCAUCCACGCCAUAAAAAGACUGUAUAACUGUGACCAGUGCGCGAAGGGAUUUUCCACUCUGAUUAGGCUUAAAUACCACCAACACAACCACACUGGAGAAAAACCAUAUGUCUGCAUCUGGUGUGGGAAGAGUUUCAACUGUAGAAAUGGGCUUAAAUACCACCAACACAUCCACACUGGAGAAAAACCACAUGACUGCAUCCAGUGUGGGAAGAGUUUCAUCUGUAAGAGUGGGCUUAGAGUCCACCAACGCAGCCACACUGGAGAAAGACCAUAUAGCUAUGACGAGUGUGGAAAAACUUUUAUCAGAGAAGAGGGCUUAAAAAAUCACCAACACACCCACAGUGGGGAAAGACUGCAUAUCUGUGGCCAGUGUGGGAAGGCUUUCACCAGAAUGAAUGUGCUUAAACAACACCAACGCACCCACAGUAAAAAAAAAACAUACACCUGUGACCAGUGUGGGAAGACUUUCAGAUUGUGGAACAGUUUACGUUCUCACCAUGCCGUCCACCAGAAGAAGGUGAUGUUCCCCUGUGAUAGGUGUGGGAAGAUAUUCUGGUCAUCUUCCUCUUACAAGUGUCACCGACAGACCCGAAGGUGUCGAACAUUUGCACAAAAGAAAAUAACUGAGCAGUUGUCUGAUAGACAAACUGUAGAUAGUCAGAGUCAGAACACACCAGAACAGCUGGAUAGUUUUCAGGGUCCAAACAGAUCCCGGUCACCCUCUGCUCUGUCCAGUCAUCAGCACAGCUGUGAACCGUCACCGUCUGGACCAAACAGAACCUCAGCAUCAGAUGAGAAGAAGAACCACAGUGUGUCUGAACCAGUGGCACCGACUUCUGAGCAGAACAUCAGACUUCAGAACCUCCAGAUCAGGCUUCACAGGAUCCAGAUGUGAAGACCAACCCCAGACUGACAGCUGUGUUCUGUGUUCUUCAGAGUACAGAAGUGUGUUCUAAUGCACCACCUGCACACAACAGUGACAUCACAGAAGCUCUGCUCACCAUCAGGUGAACACUUUAACUAGUGGAGGUCAACCAGGACCUGGUUUCUAUGGUGAUACUACUUCUGAUUGACUCUGUGGACUUUAAUCAGUAACUGGUUGUUGUGAUUGUGUUGCCAGUCGGGGUUCCCACAGUUGGAUUUCCAUCAGUUAGAAACAACAUGAUGAACAGAAUAGAACUGAGACACAGUUGUAGGACAGAUCAUGUUAAAUGGAAGAUGAAUGUGUCACUUCGAAUCUUGCUUUAAAAUGUCAGGUGAACAUCAUACAUCAUGAACCAAAAUGGAAAAGAAGAAAUGAAAUAUUAUAAGUUGUUUUGAAAAUCUAAGUUGUUAUAUUCUAAUUUUUAUUUUAUGUGUAUUGAGCAGUGAAAGGUCAGGGUUGUUACCGGUUCGUUUGUGCUGAACUUGGAGAAAAGGUCAGAUUCUAAGAAAAAGAUCUUAUCCUGCAGCUUUGUGGUAGAAGCGAGCUGAGUUAAUCUUGAAUAUGAACUUAGGGACUUUCUGUGGUCAAGAAUUGCGCAAAUGUUAGAACUAGACGUACUUACGGAAACUCUUUGUGGUUGAACUAUGCAGUGUAAGCUAAACUGUUGGUGUAAAUGUCAAACCAAGGUGUGAUUAACUCAGGUGAACUUUCAAUGUCUUUUUUCUUACAAUUAGCUUACGUGGAGUUAUUGACGUAAGCUGUGGCAUGUUUUAACCCAGCAACAGCUGUCAAACCAAUCAUAUGUGAAUGUUGACUUUACGUAACCAAAUAUGGGGAUAACUAAAAGAUGGGAAGUCUUCCAAGUGACUGAAAAAUAUAAAAUGUAGUGAAGAAGAUUUUCAUGGGUCAGAGACGAAUACGGGAGGUCCUCGGGUUACGCGGUACUCGACCUACGCUAUUUCGACUUUACGACGCCUGAGUCUCGU